CGAAUCCAAGUUUUGGCUCAAAUCAAAGGAUUCUUCAAUUGGAAUGGAAAUCCAAGUUAAGAACUUGAAUAAGCAUCUCAAGUCGCUCAGAAACCCCCACAAAUUUGCCUCGAAUUGAGCCUAUUUUCAAGGCGCAGUGAUGGGAUCGCGAUCAGGAGCCGGGACUCUGAAAGGAGAUUCCGGCGAUGAUUCAUCGGCGGCGAAUUUAUCAUUGGAUUUCGGCACCCCAGAGGCUCUGGAGCGCGUGCGUAACCUCACUGAUGUCGGAGCCAUGACUCGUCUUUUCCAUGAGUGCAUCGCUUACCAGCGUGCCCUAGAUCUGGACCUGGAGGCGAUUCUUUCCCAGCGGCACGAUCUCGACAAGCAGCUCUCAGUCUUGCAGAAAUCCGCAACCGAGUUCAAUUGGAAUCUUCAACGAGACAGGAUUCUCUCGAUUUCCUACUUAGCUAUGGCUCUCACUCUGUUUUUCUUGGGUGCCCUUGUUGCAAUGGCCUCAAAUGUCAAUUGCGAUUCCUCUCAAGGGUGGACCGACGCCCACGCCACCUUCUACGGCGGAAGCGACGCCUCCGGGACAAUGGGAGGGGCUUGUGGUUACGGGAAUUUGUACAGCCAAGGGUAUGGCACAAGGACCGCAGCCCUGAGCACACCUCUGUUCAACGAUGGCCUGGGCUGUGGGUCUUGCUAUCAGAUUAAGUGCGAGGACAGCCAAUUUUGCCUGGGAGACUCUAUUGUCGUCACCGCCACUAACUUUUGCCCUCCCGGCGGGUGGUGCGAUCCUCCCAACGUCCACUUCGACCUCUCUCAGCCUGGCUUCAUGGACAUUGCCCAAUACAGAGCCGGGGUCGUCCCAGUCUCUUACAAAAGGGUGCCCUGUCAGAGGAGGGGCGGAAUAAGGUUCACCAUCAACGGACACUCAUACUUCAACUUGGUGUUGGUCACCAACGUGGGCGGCGCCGGAGACGUGCACGCGGUGGCUGUGAAGGGUUCAGGAACAGGGUGGCAGCCCAUGUCGAGGAACUGGGGGCAAAACUGGCAAAGCAACUCGUACCUCAACGGACAGGCCUUGUCGUUCAAGGUGACCACCAGCGACGGCCGCACUGUGGUGUCCAACAACGUCGCCCCGGAGGGCUGGUCAUUCGGUCAAACCUACUCCGGCAGCCAGUUCUAAUAAAUGACACUUUAUAUAAAAAUUGUUACUUGAGAGUGGUGUUUGUUACGUUGUGGGGUCAAAAUGGGAAGGCUCGGUAAUUAGAGAAAGCCUUCGCCAUUAAGGUUAAGGUUUGUCUGGAUGCCCUGAUUUAUUAUGAAGGGGUUCCGAUCAAAUCCUUAGCUUCUCCCCCAACUCCUUCUUUCUUGCUUGUUUUUAUCUCGUGAAAUGGGCACCGUACCGUAUAUACUCUCAAUAACUUAACUUCUAUUAC